AUCAAUGUAUCCGCCCACUAUAUAUCUGCUUUUGAACAAGUCACCUGGGAAGGCUCUGUUUUGUCAGGCGCUGACCAGAACAGAACUGAAAUUGUCAAAGGCUUCCCUUCUCAACCUUAACUGGAUCAGCGUAAUAGUGUAAUACCAAAAAUUCAAUCAAUAGCGCAAAUUCAGAAUCCAACCUCAAUCCUUCUGGAUCAUGAAGCUGACUCCAAGACUAUAUAUAUGACACAAUCCGAAGGGAAUAAAGCCCCACAGAAACAAGAAACCGUUCGCUAUAACAGUUUCAUCAAAAGCUCCAUUUUCUAUAUAUUGGAAAAAACAGAGAAUUAGCCAGAAACAAAACAAAAUGGUGUUAGCUCCCAUGAAAGCUGCUAGUAGUAGCAUUUUUUGCACUUGUCUUUUAUUCAUGAUCAUCAGCUUCAGCUCUAGCUAUGCUAGCCCUUCAUACUCCUCUGAGGCCAUGAAGGGAGCUUACUACCCCUCAUGGAAAGUUGCAGAAUUUCCGCCAUCCGCCAUAGAUACAACCUUAUUCACUCACAUCUACUACGCAUUUCUCAACCCCAAUGCCUCAACUUUUAAGUUCGACAUAGAUGCCUCAACAGCAAACCUUCUCAUCGGCUUCACAUCAACUCUUCACUCCAAAAAUCCACCGGUCAAGACACUUCUCUCAGUUGGCGGCGGAGGCGCUGGUCCGACUACAUUUUCCCGCAUGGCCUCGACUCCAGCCUCUCGCAGGAGCUUCAUCCUCUCCACCAUAGAAGUAGCAAGGAAAUACGGGUUCGAUGGAUUAGAUCUCGACUGGGAGUUCCCUCAAAACGCACAGGAAAUGAACGAUUUAGGCAGCCUAUUCGACGAAUGGAGAGCUGAAAUCGUAAAAGAAUCCAAAGCAACACAGCGACCUCAGCUCUUGCUCUCCGCAGCAGUUUAUUUCUCUUCAACCUUUUUCCUAUCUGCAACACCGAGAACUUACCCAGUAGCUUCAAUCAACAAGAACUUAGAUUGGAUCAAUGCUAUGUGCUAUGAUUAUCAUGGCUCCUGGGAACCUACAAUCACAGGUUCCAAUUCAGCAUUAUUUGACCCCAAAAGUAACAUCAGUACUAGCUAUGGAUUAGGAUCUUGGAUCCAGGCAGGGAUUUUGAGGAGCAAAUUGGUGAUGGGUUUGCCGCUUUAUGGCAGAACAUGGACGCUGAAGGAUCCUAGCGUCCAUGGCGUGGGAGCACCAGCAGUUGGUGUUGGUCCUGAGGGCGAUGGUGGGAGUGGGAUUUUGUUAUAUUACGAGGUCGAGGAGUUUAAUAAAAAGAACAAUGCCACAGUUGGAUUUGAUGUGGCUACUGCGUCUACUUAUUCAUUUGCAGGAACUGCAUGGGUUGGAUAUGAUGAUGGUAGAUCUACAGCAGCAAGGGUUGGAUAUGCUCAGGCUCUCAGGAUUCGUGGUUACUUCUUCUGGGCUUUGAGCUUUGAUCUAGACUGGAAAAUAUCCAGAACAGCUUCCGAGUUGUGGAAUCGUUGAGAAUGAAGUUAAGAUCUCAUCUGAGGAUGGUGUCCAACCUAGGCCAUGUUUCAUUUCAUCGUGACCACUGGUGAUGCUAAUUGAUGGCAUAGAUCGAUAUAUUUUUAGUAGUGUCCAGUACCAAUUCUCUAUUUUUCCUAUCCAGUAACAGUUUUACAUUUCUUGGUGUGCAAAAUUGUUGCACACAUAAGACAAUAAUGUAACUUUAUUAACUUUACCAGAAAAUAGACACUUCUCCUUGUAGUUUUCA